GGCCACCGCCCCCCUCCCACUCCGGCGGGACCCGCCACCCCACCGACCUGCCGUUCCCAAGAUGGUAAGGCAAACGAAAUCAGUGGAGUGGUCACUCAAUCCUUCCUACCAUACCAGAUACCACAUCACAGCCCGGCGCCUUGCCACUAGUACAAAGGCGCUCCGCUCCCCGUCUCCCCUUCCCGGAACACGGCGACUCCACCACCACCACGACUACCGGCUGGAAAUGGCGGCCUCCUCCCCCUCCGCCCUCGCGCUCUCCACCACCACGCGGGUAGCUGGCUCGUCCGUGCUGCUUGCUGUGAGGCGGACGCCGGCGACGCGCGUGGCCGCCGUUCCCUCCGCCCAGCUCCGCGCGUGCUCCUGGGGGGCGCCGCUCCAUCUCCGGCCGGAGCUCGCCGCGGCCCCUGCCCCGUGCGCCGCCCGCUGCAGGGCGCCUCUGCUCCGGCCUCGCGCAUGGCUGUCGACGUCCCAGAUUGCCAGCUCCGCCUUCACCCUGGGCACCGUCGCCGUCCUCCCCUUCUACACGCUCAUGAUCGCCGCCCCCAACGCCAACAUCACUAAGCGCGCCGUGGAGAGCACCGCCCCCUACGUCGCCCUCGGCCUCCUCUACGCCUACCUGCUCUACCUCUCCUGGACCCCCGACACCAUCCGCGCCAUGUUCGCCAGCAAGUACUGGCUCCCGGAGUUGCCUGGCAUUGUGAGGAUGUUUGCGAGCGAGAUGACCGUCGCCUCCGCCUGGAUCCACCUCCUAGCCGUCGACCUCUUCGCCGCAAGGCAAGUGUACCAAGAUGGCAUCAAGAACAACAUCGAGACCAGGCAUUCGGUUUCGCUCUGCCUGCUCUUCUGCCCCAUCGGGAUCGCCGCUCACGCGCUCACUAAGGUCGCCUUCUUGUUGGCGCAAUUCUCCCAGUGAGCGACAUCGUCAGACCAUCCCUCCUGCAGUUCACAGCAAGCAUUAGAGGAAACAAGGAAGAUAAUGGCAGUAUUUUGAAGUGUUUGAGAGUCUUGUGGUGCACUGACGGUGAGGUUCAUCUGGAGGGCGGCCACCAUGGUGUCGAGGCUCUUGUUGUAGAAGUCCUUCAUCACCGUGUCGAUGAUGCUAACAUCCCACACCUGUUGGAAAAACUUUAGUUCAGACUAGAAAAACAUGACAAUGAAAAGAGAAUGUUUGAUGGAAAGGGGGCAGAAGAGAAGAGAGCAGGUGGUACACGUACGUGGUGGAGGUUGGCCUUCCUGCGGUACCAGUGCACCGUGAUGGUGUUGCCGCCCUCGUCCUCCUCGUAGCCCACGUGCAGCGGCUGGUGGACGUCGCCCACGAAAUGCGCCAGGAACAUCAGGCUCUCCGUCAGGUUGUCUGCGUCGCGUACACAGGCAUGGAUGUUAUUCAGAACUCUUUUGCUAUGUUGUGUUUUGACAGAGGCAUAUGGCUCCUGACAGCGUGGCACUUACACGACGAACUCUUGGGGGAGUCCCCGUAGGUGUAGAGCUGGUCCGUGUAGUUGUUGAUGGCCCCGACGACGCACAUCCCCUGCUCCCCGCGAGAGUUGUGGCAAUCCCCUGAAAUUCACACGGCCACAUCCACAUGAGCUCAUGUAAUAUAUCCAGAUUGUGCAUCAAUUUUGACGACCGCAUGUAAUAUAUCCAGUAGUGGUGCGUCUCACGUGGCAACACCCCAUUAAUAAUAGGAUAACAGCAUGUGGUCACAUCCAUUC